AUCUCGCGAGACCUCACUUGCCUUGUCUUCCUUUUCCCGGUGUCCGGCUUUUCUCCCCUCCCCCUCGCCGUGGACGGAGUUUUUCCUUUUCCUACCGAGUCGCCUUGUGGUCGCGGGGAUUUUCCCUCCUGAAGCUGCUCCUGCUGUCGCUUUUGUCCCGACCCCUUCCCGCCGUCCCAUCCCCACCCCUACUCAAGAUGUCAGAGGAUCUAGCAAAGCAGUUGGCGAGCUACAAAGCUCAGCUACAGCAAGUGGAAGCUGCUCUGUCAGGAAAUGGAGACAAUGAAGAUCUGCUGAAACUGAAGAAGGAUUUACAAGAAGUUAUAGAAUUAACCAAAGACCUUCUGUCAACUCAACCUUCAGAAACUCUUGCAAGUUCAGACAGUUUUGCUUCUCCUCAGCCUACUCACUCAUGGAAAGUAGGGGACAAAUGCAUGGCAAUCUGGAGUGAAGAUGGACAGUGUUAUGAAGCGGAGAUUGAGGAGAUAGAUGAAGAAAAUGGCACCGCUGCAAUCACCUUUGCUGGUUAUGGCAAUGCAGAAGUGACUCCGUUGUUGAAUCUCAAGCCUGUAGAAGAAGGAAGGAAGGCCAAGGAGGACAGUGGCAACAAACCCAUGUCAAAAAAAGAAAUGAUUGCCCAGCAGCGUGAAUAUAAAAAGAAGAAAGCAUUGAAAAAAGCACAGAGAAUAAAAGAACUUGAGCAGGAAAGAGAGGAUCAAAAAGUGAAAUGGCAGCAAUUCAACAACAGAGCUUAUUCUAAAAACAAAAAAGGCCAGGUGAAGAGGAGUAUUUUUGCUUCACCUGAAAGUGUAACUGGCAAAGUUGGAGUAGGAACUUGUGGAAUUGCGGACAAGCCUAUGACACAGUAUCAAGAUACAUCUAAAUACAAUGUCAGGCAUUUGAUGCCUCAGUAAUCAAAAAAACUGUUGAAUUUCAUCUCUGCAGGGCUUUACAUUUACCUUUUUAUCCUUAUAUUUUUCUAAAGGUAAAUUAUUUGUUAGAUGAGUAAGGAAAAUACAUUAUUGUCAUUGUUUGACUGCAGCAGAAUGAAACUUGAAGAAAUUACGUUUGAUAACUGCAAUUCAUUCAACUUUUCAUUACUACUUAAACAGUUCCCUCAGAAUUUGUUGAACAAGGCAGGUUUUCUGGGUAAAUGCUGCACAAAUCAGCACUUAGAUGACUUGUUGAUCUUCAGGCCCCCACUUAACUGAUAAUAUAUAAAGACAUUUUUAAGUCAUAACUUGGAAUUUUCAGAUGCUUUGUACUUGACUCAUUCUAACAGUUCAUUGGAACAUCAAGGCAAAACACCAACCUGAUAAGGAGAUCUUUUGUUGUUGUUUUCUCUGAUUUUAAAAACUAGCCGUUGUCCAGACAAGCCCAUGGUUCAUUUAUAAAUGGCAAAGUUUAUUUUUCCUUGAAUAACUGUUUCCCCGGCCUACUAGGCCAUCUCUUCUGUUGAUCCACUUUUUUUUUUUGUCAUUGAGUUUUAAUUUGAUGUAAAAACCGUGUUUGGCUGAGCCCCUUCUAAGGUGUUCAUUGUUUGGUGUUUCCUCUUGUAUUGUUUUUUCCUUUGUUGGUUUUUCAAAUGGCAGUGAUACCAUUUUUUUGGAUGUGUAAUGUUUAUAUGGGAAAACAAAAGCUGAUGUAUAGCCCUGUAUACAGUGUAGAUACUAUUUUUGUAAAAAAACAAAAAGGCUAAAUUAAUGAACAAGAGUACUGAAUGUUUAAUGAUUAAAAUUUUCUUGUAUUUCUUGUGCAUUAAUCUGACCAUAAUUUCCCUGUAUAUUAUGUUCAUGUAGCUGAGUUUGUAAUUUCUGUUAACUAGAUCAAGUUGCCAACUUUAGUUGGUGUGAGCAUCACAGUUAUCCCAAGUGAGUUUAAGCCAAAUACAUGCAUAGAAAAGGGCCUUCUGUUACUGGAAGAAGACAGUUUUUAGGAUAUGUGUUAAUUUUGGUUUUGUAUGUUUAACUUUUAUUAAAAUAAAGUGUUUUUAAAAUCUUGA